AUGAACAGACUAAUGGAUUGGACGAGAAACAGACAAGAACGUUAUGAGAAACAGGAACGUUAUGAGAGACAGGAACGUUAUGAGAGACAAGAACGUUAUGAGAAACAGGAACGUUAUGAGAGACAGGAACGUUAUGAGAAACAGGAACGUCAUGAGAAACAGGAACGUUAUGAGAAACAGGAACGUUAUGAGAGACAAGAACGUUAUGAGAAACAGGAACGUUAUGAGAGACAAGAACGUUAUGAGAAACAGGAACGUUAUGAGAGACAAGAACGUUAUGAGAAACAGGAACGUUAUGAGAAACAGGAACGUUAUGAGAGACAGGAACGUUAUGAGAAACAGGAACGUUAUGAGAGACAAGAACGUUAUGAGAAACAGGAACGUUAUGAGAAACAGGAACGUUAUGAGAGACAGGAACGUUAUGAGAAACAGGAACGUUAUGAGAAACAGGAACGUUAUGAGAGAAAGGAACGUUACGAGAGACAGGAACGUUAUGAGAUACAGGAACGUUAUGAGAGAAAGGAACGUUACGAGAGACAGGAACGUUAUGAGAUACAGGAACGUUAUGAGAAACAGGAACGUUAUGAGAAACAGGAACGUUAUGAGAGACAGGAACGUUAUGAGAAACAGGAACGUUAUGAGAAACAGGAACGUUAUGAGAAACAGGAACGUUAUGAGAAACAGGAACGUUAUGAGAGACAGGAACGUUAUGAGAAACAGGAACGUUAUGAGAAUGACAGAAUAAGAGGGCAGAGAGGAAAUGAGGGGAAAGUGUAA